AUGAGUUUCAAAAUACGGGCUGCAAGGAAAGAGGAGGACUGCAAAGACAUAUCGAGAAUGAUAUUGGAGUUGGCGGUGUAUGUAAAAAUGCCAGACCAAGUGAAGAUAUCUCAUGAAGAACUGGAGCGGGACGGUUUCUGCCAGAAUCCCUUCUUUGAAUGCCUCGUCGCAGAAGUUCCUGAGGAGCAUAAAUCUAAAGAAGGAUUCACAGUAGUUGGAUAUGCCUUUUACAUUUACACGUACAGUUCAUGGAAGGGGCGGACAAUAUAUCUGGACGACCUGUACGUGAUGCCAGAAUUCAGAGGAAGAGGCAUUGGCAAGGGUUUACUGAGCAGUGUCGCUGAGGUGGGGAAGCAGAAGCAGUGCGUGCGGCUGCAGCUGUCUGUGUUGGACUGGAAUACGCCCUCCCGAGACUUUUACGCUGCUAAAGGAGCUCAGGACCUGACUGUCAGCGAAGGCCUGCACUUCAUACGUUUUGACGGACAAAGCCUGGAUAAUUUAGCAAAUGAAGCUCCGAAAGACUGAAAGUAUGUAUCCUGCUGUGAAAGAAUGAGUUUGGUAAACAUUCACCCUUUGUAAGACAGUGCCAAAAUAAGCUUCAUUGUACCUAGAUCCUCACUACUGUGUCUUAA